UGGAUUUUUUUUUUUUUUUCAUUUUUACUGAGUUAAUUUUGAAGAAGUACAUGAGUCCUAAAUCCAUUUUAUCUUUACUGGUCAUUACUUUGAAUGGACAGUUGAUGAAUUUUUGAGUACGAAAAUUUAAAAAUCAGCUAUCACAUUGUCCCUUGGAUGACUUGAGAUUUCUAGAGACAAAAGGAAAAGACUCUUUUUGAUUAAGGAGAGAGUUUAAGAUUGUUUGUUUGUUUGUUUGUUUCAGGCUGCUGACUUGGGGCUGAGGGAGUAUAUUUGAUUCCUCAAAUUCCAUCUUCUUUUUCUUUUUUUCCAUCUUCUUUUUCUUAAAGAAGGGAAUGGGCUUGAGAUUCAGCAUUGGGUAUUCUUAUCAUUAUUGCUUUUUUGUUACUAUUAUUUUGAUAAGCAAAAGAACCUACACUAAAAUUUUUAUUUUUAUUUUAUUGUGUAUUUGAAGUACGCAGCAUCAGGAAACUGGCAGGGGCCAGACAACCCCCAUAACAGUUCUGGGGGUGAAGGAAAACUGGCACACCAGGGUCAUGCAGUGGACACCCAGGGAGGAGCUGAAGAGCUGUGGCCACAGCUACUCUUUCUCCCUCCUUGGGUCACAUCCUCAUUGCCCUCAGAAGGUGCACUGGGUUCCUGUUCCUGGGGGAUGCUGAGUGCUGCUGGAGGCUGGAUGAUGGGUGAUCGGUGAUUGAUGGUGCAGGAAAACAACGCCCUGGAAGAGGGACCCUCGCCUGGAGUCCACUCUGGCCGAGGAGCUGGUGAAGCGGCAGCAUGGACUGGGGCACUCUGCACGUGUUCAUCGGGGGCGUGAACAAGCACUCCACCAGCAUCGGGAAGGUGUGGGUCACCGUCCUCUUUAUCUUCCGCGUCAUGAUCCUGGUGGUGGCCGCCCAGGAGGUGUGGGGGGAUGAGCAGGAGGACUUCGUGUGCAACACCCUGCAGCCCGGCUGCAGGAACGUGUGCUACGACCACUUCUUCCCCGUCUCGCACAUCCGGCUCUGGGCGCUGCAGCUCAUCUUUGUGUCCACGCCCGCCUUGCUGGUGGCCAUGCAUGUGGCCUAUUACAGGCAUGAGGCCGCCCGGCGGUUCAGGCGGGGCGAGACAAGGAGUGAGUUCAAGGACCUGGAGGACAUCAAGCGACAGAAGGUCCGGAUCAAGGGCUCGCUGUGGUGGACCUACACCAGCAGCAUCUUUUUCCGCAUUGUCUUCGAGGCUGCCUUCAUGUAUGUCUUCUACUUCCUGUACAAUGGGUACCACCUGCCCUGGGUCCUGAAAUGCGGCAUCCAGCCCUGCCCCAACCUGGUGGACUGCUUCAUCUCCCGGCCCACCGAGAAGACGGUCUUCACCAUCUUCAUGAUCUCCGCGUCCGUCAUCUGCAUGCUGCUCAACGUGGCCGAGCUGUGCUACCUGCUGCUCAAGGUGUGUUUCAGGAGGUCCAAGCGAGCGCAGACGCGGAAAGCACCCCCCAACAAUGCCCUCAAGGAGAGUAAACAGAACGAGAUGAAUGAGCUGAUUUCCGAGGGCGGGCAGAACGCCAUCACCGGGUUUCCCAGUUAAACAGUGGAAGGCACCACAUAGCUGGCUUUCCUAAUUCAUAGACGCCUGAGUUAACUUCCUGUAGAAUAACCAGGCCGGGACUAUGUGGUCCGUUCUUGACAACCGGGCCAUGGUGUGACUUUACAUGUGGGUUUCAGUGGACAGUCUGACAUGGGGUAUUUCCUGAAAACUUAAGGACAUAACUGAUGUCGAUAAAGGACAUUCAUCUAGAAAUUAAUACUUUUAUUAGGAAAAGAUAUUUUUAUAGGAUUGAGUGUGUUAGUUCUGAAUUUAUAUAAAGUAUUUUUAUAAUGACUGGUCUUCCUUACCUGGAAAAACACACAAUGUUAGUUUUCGAAUCAUCCCAUAAGUGUCUAAUAUUUGAACUUACUCUGUCCUGUCGUAGAUAUCUGCAUUGUCAUGAGUUGUCAUGGCUCUUAGGGUGGAAAGUGUUUGCUGUACAAUGUAUUUUCACUGCUUUCUGGGCAUGGCCAGAGCUAUAUGGAAGGGGGAAACUUUCCAGAUGGGUGAUUUGCAAUCCUUAUGAACAGCUGAUGCAAGAAGGCACUCUCAAUAAAGAUGAGUCCGUUGCUGAA